AUGGCACCAUCAACUACCAAGCAAUGGACUGUCGAGGGCAAAAGUGGCUUCGACAGCCUCAAGUUCCACGACAAAGCUGAGAUCCCAACCCUCGGUGACCACGACGUCCUCAUCAACUUCCACUACGCUUCUUUGAACUACCGAGAUCUCAUUAUUCCCAUGGGCAAAUACCCCUUCCCCACCGCCUUACCCAUCGUCCCCGCCUCAGACGGCGCAGGCACCGUCGUCGCCACCGGCUCACGCGUCUCACGCUUCCAUAAGGGCGACGGAGUCCUAACACUCUUCAAUCAAUCCCACCUUGCCGGUCCCAUUACAUCCUCUGAUACACUUACUGGUCUCGGCGGUGCUCUCCACGGCGUUCUUCGUCAAUAUGGCGUCUUUGAAGAGUCAGGCUUGGUCCUCAUGCCUUCGACCUUGAACUUCCAGCAAGGUAGCACACUGCCGUGCGCGGCAUUGACCGCGUGGAACGGACUAUACGGCAUUGAGGGUAAAAGUCUGAAGCCAGGAGAUACAGUCUUGACGCAGGGGACCGGUGGUGUGAGCAUGUUCACCCUGCAAUUUGCCAAAGCAGCCGGCGCCCGCGUCAUCUCAACCACCUCCUCCGACGCCAAAGCCGAGGUUCUGAAGAAGCUCGGCGCAGACAACGUCAUCAAUUACAAGACCGAUGAAAACUGGGGCGAAACAGCCAAGAAAUUGACGCCCGGUGGUAUUGGCUGCGCGCACGUCAUUGAAGUGGGCGGUCCAAAGACAAUGGCGCAGUCAUUGAAAGCUAUCCGACCUGAAGGUACCAUUUCGAUCAUUGGGUUCCUGGGCGGUUUUAGCAAGGACCAGCCAAGUUUCCUCGAUUGCCUGAACAACAUCUGCACUGUGCGGGGCGUCUUGGUGGGAUCGAGGCAACAAUUCGAGCAGAUGAACGAGGCUAUUGAUGCGAAUGGAAUCAAGCCUGUUGUGGACGAAAAGGUCUUUGGUCUGGAAGAGACCAAGGAGGCGUACCAAUACAUGUGGGAUCAGAAGCACUUUGGCAAGCUGACGAUCAAGAUCGAUGACCCAAGUCAAUCGAAGCUGUAG